AUGUGUGACGCUUCAGAUUAUGCCGUGGGAGCUAUGUUAGGGCAUCAUGUUGGGAAGAUCCCCCAUGUCAUCUAUUAUGCAUCCCGAACAAUCAAUGAUGCCCAAUUGAAUUACUCCAUAACAGAGAAAGAGUUUCUUACUGUAGUUUUUGCUCUUAAAAGGUUUCACUCUUAUUUAAUUGGUACUAAGGUAACUAGCUUGGGCCCUAGAAAUCAAAUGCCACAAACCCCCAUUUUGAGCAUUGAACUUUUUGACAUUUGGGGCAUUGAUUUCAUAGGACCAUUCCCCUCAUCUUAUGGUAAUUUAUACAUUCUUCUCGCUAUUGAUUAUGUGUUGAAGUGGGUGGAGUCUAAAGCCACCCAUACUAAUGAUUCUAAAGUGGUUUCAGAUUUUCUUAAGUCAAAUAUCUUUUCAAGAUUUAGAACACCAAAGGCAAUAAUCAGCAAUGGAUCCCACUUUUGUAAUAGGACGUUUGAGGCUCUACUUCGGAAAUACAACAUUACUCAUAAGGUGGGAACACCUUAUCAUCCUCAAACUAGUGGUCAAGCGGAGUUGGCAUAUGGUAAGCCUUGUCAUCUACCGAUGGAGCUUGAGCAUCGUGCAUGGUGGGCUAUCAAGCAAUUCAAUAUGAAUAUAGAUGUAGCUGGUGUGCACAGAAAACUUCAGUUGAAUGAAUUAGAGGAAAUCAACAAUGAUUCUUAUAAGAGUUCUCGAGUUUACAAGGAGAAAACUAAGGCCUUCCAUGAUCACAUGAUUUCUCGAAAGGAUUUUUCUGUUGGACAUAAAGUCCUUCUCUUUAAUUCUUGCCUUAAACUUUUUCCUGGUAAAUUACGUUUUAGGUGGUAUGAACCCUUUCUUGUUACUACAGUAUAUUCUCAUGGUGCAGUGGAAGUCCAAAACUUGAAGACAAAUAAUAAAUUCAAGGUGAAUGGCCAUCGGCUCAAGCCAUAUUACGAGAUGUUCUUGGAGCACAACGUAGAGAAAGUAUCCCUCAGCGAACCCGCUCCUUCUGAAUAA